UAGAUGGCGUUUGAAACAUUUCAUUAGAGGUUGCUUUUUAGUUUGUCCGCAAGGUGGAGACUAGCGUACUGGAGGAGGUUGAGAAUGAUUCUGUUUUGUUCAGCGAUGCUGAUGAAUUGCAAUUCUUGAAACAUUUUGACAAUAAGAUUCACCAUUUAGCACCUUCCAAUUUUUUUCAUACCGUGUUGUGUAGAUAAUAUAUACUAUUAUGGCUAGUUUGAUGACCUCCACCCAGCCAGAAGCUCAUACUACUGAAAAACCUGUAACAGAUUUACCAAAAUUACCCAAGAAAAAAAAGACCCGAUGUACUCAAUGUAAAAUUAGUGUAGGAGUCAUAGGUUUUCCAUGUCGUUGUGGAGGAAUAUUUUGUUCAAUUCAUCGUUAUGCUAACGAACAUAGCUGUAGUUUUAACUACAAGGAACACGGAGCCGAGGAAAUUCGCAAAAAUAAUCCACAAGUGGUUGGAGAAAAAAUUCAAAAAAUUUAAUCCAUUAUCUUUUUUUUUCAUUAUUAAACGUGAAUUUGACGCAUUUUUUCUGAUCAAAUUAAUUAUGCUUCGAUGAGACAACAAAUGUAUACAUUAAAUGCUAGCAUUUGAAAUUAAAAUCAGAAUGCGUUGGUAAUAUUUCGAUAACAUUUGAUCAUGAUGACAUAAAUGUAAUCAUAUGACUAUUUAAAGUCAAUUGCAUUUGAAAAUGUUAAUUUUUGUGUCAACAUUCUACAUAAGAUGGCGCUAUCAUUGAAGUUACCGUAUGUAAUGUAAAGCUAUGAGGUGGAGUUUUCAUGUGCUAGCUCAUUGAUUUGAUUAGUAAAUUGUUUUUUUAUAUUUAAUUUAUCUUGCAAUUUAAUUUCUUCUUAUUUGUGAUUAUAAGUGAUUUUAUCAAUUGGGAAGUGUUUAUAAUUUAUUCUCUCUCAAUCGUACCAGCCACUGUGAUUCAUAGAUGGAAAAUUUGCAAGAGAAUUUAAUUGAAGAUCUCAAUAAUGUUGAUGUGUGUGACUCGCUAGGAUUAGCUGCCAAGCUGGGCGUUAAUCAUCAACAUAUUGUUGGUGUGCUCAAAAGCUUUGAAAAUAUUCCUGGUUUCAUUGAAACUACAAUUAUCAAAGAGACAAAAUGGCAGCUAACAGAAGAAGGACAGAUGAUUACUGAGAAAGGCUCCCAUGAAGCUUUAGUUUGGUUCAAUACUCCGGAUGAUGAUGAUGGCAUCGAGAUGACAUUGUUAAUGAACAAAUUGGACAAAAAUACUGGUAAAGUAGGCCUCAGUAAAGCUUUGGCAUUGAAAUGGGUAGCCUUGACGAAGAAAGAAGGUAAACAAUAUGUUCAAAGGAAGGUUAAGCAGAUUGAUGAUAAGGUUAAAACAUACCUAUUGGCUAUCAAUGAGGGUAAACUUAACGAAAUUCCGGAUUCCGUCAAAGCUGAUCUCAAGAAAAGAAAACUAAUCUCUGAGAUUCCUUUCUCUCGAUAUCAAGUGAAAAAAGGACCGAAUUUUUCCUGUAAAAUUGAGAAACCAGAAACAGAUAUCACAGCUGAAAUGAUAUUGAAAGACACCUGGAAGACCAAAAAUUUUAAAAGCUACAACUUCAAAGCUUUAGGUAUCGCACCAGAUCGAGGACAUUUACAUCCUUUGUUGAAAGUUCGUGAGCAAUUUUGUCAAAUCUUCUUGGAAAUGGGAUUCCAGGAAAUGCCCACUAAUAAUUUUGUUGAAAGCUCUUUCUGGAACUUCGAUGCUCUCUUCCAGCCUCAACAACAUCCAGCCCGAGAUGCUCAUGAUACCUUUUUCAUUUCUGAUCCGCAAUUCUCUGACAAUUUUCCUAAAGAUUAUCUCGAGAAAGUUAAAAGCGUUCACUCUACUGGAGGAUUCGGUUCUCAAGGGUACAAAUAUGAAUGGAAAAUUGAGGAAGCUCAAAAAAACUUACUACGAACUCAUACUACAGCUGUUAGUGCUCGAAUGCUGUACAAAGCAGCUGAAAAAUACAGAGAAAACCCAGACGCACCUUUCACUCCUUUGAAAUAUUUCAGCAUAGAUAGAGUAUUCCGAAACGAAACUCUUGACGCGACUCAUUUAGCUGAAUUUCAUCAAAUUGAAGGUGUUGUUGCCGAUGUUGGAUUAACAUUGGGCGAUUUAAUGGGCAUUUUACAACAAUUUUUCCAUAAACUAGGAAUCAAAAAAUUGAAAUUCAAACCCGCCUACAAUCCAUACACUGAGCCUAGUAUGGAAAUAUUUAGUUAUCACGAAGGACUGAAGAAAUGGGUUGAAGUUGGCAAUUCUGGUGUUUUUAGACCUGAAAUGUUAUUGCCUAUGGGAAUACCAGAAGAUGUGACUGUUAUUGCUUGGGGGUUAUCUUUAGAAAGGCCAACUAUGAUUAAAUACGCUAUUAGUAACAUAAGAGAUUUAGUUGGUCAUAAAGUCGAUCUGCAAAUGGUUUACGAUAAUCCUAUUUGUAUCCUGGGAGAAAAUUAAUUUUUAUAACCUCCUCAACUUAUAAUAGAUAACUUGGGAAACUAGAUUGUUCUAUGACUUAUCACACAAUUCCGUAUCCUUUGCACCAGUAAACCUGAAUCAGGAAAGACCAUGAAACUUUUAUCACACAAAUAAUGAGUA